CUUUCACACCUAAAGUGGAACUAGAACUCACCGUGUGUGUUUCUGAAAUGUCCGACGUGGUGCUAAAUCUUCCCUUCCCUUCUUUCCCUCCAGAUCCUCAUGCACAUAUUCUGCACGUAUCUUGACUCCAGGCUGCCUCCCCAUCCUAAGUAUCCCGACGGGAAAACCUUCACCUCCCAGCAUUUCAUUCAAACCCCUGAUAAACCAGAUAUGUCGAACGAGAACCUGUUCUGCGUCUACCAGAGUAGCGUCAAUCCUCCCCAUUAUGAGCUGGUUUAUCAACAACAGGUCUACAAUCUUCCUAAGGGCAGAAACAACCUGUUCCACACCUUGCUUAUGUUCCUGUACAUCAUCAAGACCAAGGAAUCGGGGAUGCUCGGGCGAGUCAACCUUGGAUUAUCCGGCGUGAAUGUUCUCUGGAUUUUUGGAGACUAGCUGAAUUCCCAGCCACGAACUUUUUUUAACUCCGAGAGGAUAAAUUCCUUCCCUAGGAUGGGAAUUUAGCUCUGAGAUUGUAACUGCCUUGAAUUUCACGGCCACACAAAGAGAAGAGGGGUGUUUUAUUAUUAUUAGUUUUACAACAACGGAAGAGUCCAGGGGGGAAAAAAGACAUAUUUUAAAUGCUGUUUCUAAGCAGGAGUUUUAAACGGAAGGGAUGUUUAAUUCUUACUCGAUGAACGGAACUGCUUUUUUGGAAAAAAAUUUGGAGGAAAUCAGCCUGAAAAAACAAAAUCUGGUUUGCUACUUUCCAUUGAUCAAUCUGGAGCCCAAACCCCAAAUCAUACUUUUGAAUCGAAUACGGAGUCCCUAAAUAUAUUAAGGAUUGUUCCUUCUCUACAACCGAUGCAUUAAAUAACACUAAUCGAGAAAGAUAUAUUAAAAUCUGGAUCCUGUGCCGUUUGUGUUCUCCUUUUCACAAAAGUAUGUGCUUUCGACAACUAGCACAGAAAAGUUGUAAUGUGUUUGUCUGACUCCGUGUGCGUGGUUGGAGGUGAAAAUAUUAUGUUAUUUCCAGAGCCGGGUUUUGCAUCCGGUUUCGCUUUGAGAACACUCCUAAACAUUAUUUUAAAACUUUUUUUUUUUAAAGGUCUGUUUUUUUUAACAGGAUUGGGGUGGUGUUUUUUUUGCAGGAUUCUUAAAAAUAUCAAACUUUAUGCUGUCCUUCUAUCAAGAGUUCAUUCUGGAAAAAAGAAAAUAGGAAUUUUUCCCCUCUGUGUAACUGGGCAAUGGAAGAAACGACAUUGUGAGAAUAAUGUACUUUUUUCAAUAGGUAUAAAAGUAUUUCUCAAGUUUAAGAUAGGUGGAC